GAUCCGAUCCAUCCCGUGGCCUCGCGUUCCACUACCCGGCCUGUCGCCUAGUCUUCUCCCCCAAAUCUCUCCCUCAAACCCUACAGCCGAUCUAGCCCUCCCACCGCGCCGAUCGCCAUGGCCGCCCCCAACAACAACGACGCCGCCGCCAGCGCCAGCGCCAGCGCUUCCACCAGCGACGGCGCCCCCGCGGCGCCGGAGGACACCUCCAUCGAGGCGCUGGCGCGGCGCGUGCAGGAGCACAUGACCCUCGCCUCCAACCCCACCGCCCGCCGCCACAAGUUCUGGGAGACGCAGCCCGUGGGUCAGUUCGGCGACGUUGCCGACGUCUCCCUCCCCGACGGCGCCAUCGAGCCGCCCACCCCGCUCUCCGAGGUCCGCGCCGACCCCUACCCGCUCCCCGCCGCCUUCGAGUGGUUCACCUGCGACCUCGACGACGACGCCCUCCUCGCCGACCUCUACGCCCUCCUCGCCCACAACUACGUCGAGGACGACGAGAACAUGUUCCGCUUCAACUACUCCUCGGCCUUCCUCCGCUGGGCGCUCCGCCCCCCCUCCUUCUUCCGCGCCUGGCACAUUGGCGUCCGGGCCAAGGAGUCCAAGAAGCUCGUCGCCUUCAUAUCCGGCGUCCCCGCGCGCAUCCGUGCGCGCGACGACGUUGUCCGCAUGGCCGAGAUCAACUUCCUCUGCGUCCACAAGAAGCUCCGAUCCAAGCGCCUCGCGCCGGUGCUCAUCCGGGAGGUCACCCGUCGCGUCCACCUGGAGAACAUCUGGCAGGCUGCAUACACUGCGGGUGUCGUCCUCCCGACCCCCAUCACCACAUGCCGCUACUGGCAUCGAUCCCUCAACCCAAAGAAGCUCAUCGAUGUUGGCUUCUCCCGUCUUGGUCCCCGCAUGACCAUGAGCCGCACCGUCCGUCUCUACAAGCUGCCAGAUGCGCCGCUUACCCCCGGGUUCCGCCAGAUGGAGUUGCGGGAUGUUGCAGCAGUCACACGCUUGCUCAGGGCAUACCUUGCAAGGUACGUGGUGGCGCCAGAUUUUGAUGAGCUUGAUGUUGAGCACUGGUUGCUGCCCCAGGAGGAUGUGGUGGACAGCUACCUUGUGGAGAGCCCUGAGACGCACGAGGUCACAGAUUUCUGCAGCUUUUACACUCUGCCCUCGUCCGUGCUGAACAAUGCCAACUAUUCAACACUCAAGGCUGCAUACUCAUAUUACAAUGUUGCUGUCAAGACCCCGUUGCAGCAGCUGAUGAAUGAUGCACUGAUUGUGGCCAAGCAGAAGAACUAUGAUGUGUUCAAUGCGCUCGAUGUCAUGGAGAACGAGGGGUUCCUCAAGGAACUCAAGUUUGGCCCUGGAGAUGGGCAGCUGCACUAUUAUCUCUACAAUUAUCGCAUUCGCAAUGGAAUCAAGCCAUCUGAGCUUGGGCUUGUGCUUCUAUAGGGUGGUCAAGGCUCAGGAUUGUGUUUGGGUUAUACUUUUUCAGCAGGUACUCCUUGUGUGGCUGGUUUAGUAUGCGUCUUUCCUGGUUGCUACAGGUGAUGGUUUGAUUUCCGUCAUGCCGUAUGUUGCCCAGUGUGCGAUCCGUCAUAGCUCUUUUGUUUAUUGUGGUAGCAAAUCUUCCAUGCCUUUUCAUGGGAAUCCACAUUGAUUUGCAAAUGAGGAGACUGGAAUUAGAAAUUCCUUUUCAAUUUAAGACUGUAUUUUCAAUUAGUUACAUUUCAGUGUGUACGGUUCAAAGCUUUAUGAUGACACUCUGUUUACCAAGGAAUUUUGAUGGACUUGUGUUAUGCUAAA